AUGAGGCGAGCUGUGGCUCUUUGGCUGUUGAUGCUCGCGACUCUGCUGCGAGUGUCGGUGCAGGGUCCUCACCAGCGCUUUCUGCUCCGGGAGCUGCUCAGAGACUACAACCCCAUGGAGAGGCCGGUGGCCAACGACUCCCAGCCUCUGACCGUCCAGUUCUCCUUCACCCUGAUGCAGGUCAUGGACGUGGAUGAGAAGAACCAGAUCCUGACCACCAACGCCUGGCUGCAGAUGCAGUGGUACGACCACUACCUCCAGUGGAACCAGUCCGAGUAUCCCGGAGUCAAGAACCUGCGUUUCACUCCCGACCAGGUCUGGACUCCUGACAUAUUGCUUUACAACAGCGCUCACGAUAAGUUCGACGCCACCUUCAAGACCAACGUCCUGGUCAACUCCAGCGGCUUCUGUGAGUAUCUGCCUCCAGGGAUAUUUGUCAGCACUUGCAGCGUGGACGUGCGGUGGUUUCCGUUUGACAUUCAGCGCUGCGAGCUGAAGUUCGGCUCGUGGACGUUUGACGGCUGGCUGCUGGACAUCCAGAUGAAGGAGGCAGACGUGUCGGGGUACAUGCCCAACGGAGAGUGGGACCUGCUGGAGGUCCCUGGAGGUCGACACGAGGUCUUCUACGACUGCUGUGCCGAGCCUUAUCCCGACAUUACGUUUGUGGUGACGCUUCGAAGGCGAACGCUGUUCUACGCUCUGAACCUGCUCAUCCCCUGUGUGCUGCUGUCCUCCAUGACCCUGGUGGUCUUCCUGCUUCCCGCCAACUCCGGGGAGAAAAUCAGCCUGGGCAUCACCGUUCUGCUUUCUCUGACUGUCUUCAUGCUGAUGGUUGCAGAGAUUAUGCCCGCCACUUCAGAUUCGGUGCCUCUGAUUGGACAGUACUUUGCCAGCACGAUGGUGAUUGUGGGGAUGUCGGUGGUGGCUACGGUCAUCGUCCUCCAGUUCCACCACCACAACCCCAACAGUGGACACAUGCCGCGAUGGGUGCACUUGGUUCUGCUACAGUGGGUUCCUUGGUUCCUGCGCAUGAAGCGUCCGGGCGAAGGAGCUGAGCCGACUCUCUCCAACAGCCAGGUGGACUCUCAGAGCAAGACCCUGUCCUCUCCCACCACCACCACCACCACCACCGCCACCAUCCCCACCCCGGCGCCCUCCAUCCUGCCCCAGGGCCUCGGCUCCCUGCAGGCCAGCCUGGUGCAGCUCAACCACCCUCUGGCGCACAUGUUGCCCCACCGGCCCAACGCCCAGGCCGUCAUCCUCCCGAACGCCGGCCACAGAGACCCCAGCCCCAAUCCUCACCCCCAGCCCAACGGUCACCUGCCUUACAUGGGCUUCCAGACCUUCCAGACCACUGCAGAACUGGAACCAGUGCAGAGGUGCAGAGCCACCAGUCACGGGAGGAGUAACAGUGGACUAGUUGGAGGUGAAGGCGAGGUAGCGGCAGCAGCAGGAGGUCCAGUCGGAGAUACACCAAUGCACCACCACCACCUCCCGUCUUCAAAGUUUGGGAGCCCACCGCCGGAGCCUCCAGUGUGCCCGGACCCCGACCCAUCAACGUCCGGACCCUGCGGCUCGGAGGUCGGGGUCGGGAGAUCGGCCGCCGUGUGUUCCCACAGUGGGACGAUCCGAUCGGUGGCGGUGGACAACCAGCUGCAGGCUCUUCUGGCCGAGGUCCAGUAUCUAGUCGAGCGAGUUCGUGAGCAGGACCGGCAGCUGAGUCUGGCUGAGCAGUGGCAGUUCGCCGCGGCCGUCAUCGACCGCCUCUGCCUGGUGGGAUUCAGCGUUUUCAACAUCAUCUGCACCAUCGCGAUCCUCAUGGCUGCACCCAACUUUGGAGAAGCGCUGUCAAAAGACUUCCUCUGA